UUUAGUUCUAGGCGGGAACCCCGCCGUCCAUUCAUCGAUUCAAGCAUCCAACUUUGCGCACUCGCAAACUAAAAUCAUUAAAAAAAAAAAAACUACAAUCUAUUCAAGUUAUACUCUUAUUUCAUGGUAUUUCCCAAUGGUUAAACACGCAACACUUUCACCUUGUCGGUCGACCAGGUUCUUGUCCAUACAUCAGGUUUAGUUAUCAAUUGAAAUUCGCAAGAACUAUACAACAAGAUUUAACCGAUUUUUCAUCUCUCUCGCUCGGCGUUCGGCUUCUAUCCCGAUCCCUCUGGCUGGAUCUAACCCUGGAUCAUAUCUGGAGCGGUGUCGGUGUGAAACAGGUGGCAAAUUUCGCGUGUUGAACGGCUAUUUGUUUCGUCAAAAAAGGGUCCAAGUCGAGAGAGGCUGUUUUAAAAAAAAAGUUUUUACGCAUCCAGAAAAUGACCAGCGUAGCAGAAAUUUUGAAUUAUAAGAAAAAUGACAUGGAGGAUUAUUAUGCCAUUUUGGGAUGCAAUGAAAAUUCUUCUGUCGAGCAAAUAAAUCAGGAAUACAAAAUUCGAGCCCUGCAAUGUCAUCCAGAUAAAAAUGCCGGAGACAAGGAGAUGGAAGAGAAAUUCCAGCUUCUCAAUGAAGCCAAAGAAACGCUCACAAACCCCGAGAAAAAGGCCCUUUAUGACAAGUGGAAAAAUAGCGGCAUCUCCAUGGGCUACAAACAGUGGUUGGGAAUGAAGGAUCACGUUCAACAGUCUAUGCAUUGGUCAACUCCGAAAACCAAAGAUCGCAUGCUCGAAACCGGUGGCAAUUCCGGCCCGUCCAGUCUCGGAUCCACCACGACGGCCGGACACCGUCGAGCGUCCGAGGGUGGCGCCAAUUUACAUUGGGGAGGUCGAGGUGGACCGGCUUGGGGCGCAGCAGGCGCAGACGCUCACAGCGAAGUUGCUGCUUUGUGGUCACCUUCAAAAAUCAAAAAAGCUGCCGAGGCUACUGAGACACGUGCAUCUGGAGGUUCUGGCCCGUCAAGUCUUUCAGUGGGUGGAUCGCCAGGAUCUUUUAGACGAGCAUCUGAAGGUGGAGCGAAUCUAUUAAUGAAGACGAGAAAAAAUAUCAAUAAUCCUUCUGAAAAAUCUAAUCAAAUUUAAAGUACUUAGGCUGGUUUUUAAGUUUUCGGUAUCUACCACAAAACAAUAUAUUUUUCUCAAAAUUAUGUUGAAAUUUAAUGCAAAUCUAUUAA